AUGCAUACGGCGGACAUAGCGUGUGCCCUGUUCCUGUUCGGGAUCAUCGUGGUGUCACUGCUGUCCAACGUCGUGGUGCUGAUCUGCUUUUUGUACAACCCUGAAAUCCGUAAGCAUGUGCCUGCGCUCUUCAUACUGAACCUGACGUCCUGUAACCUGUUGCUCAGCGUGUCCAGCAUGCCGCUGACAGCAGUGGGACUGGUCACUCCCGGACAUCCCGGAGGCAGUGUGCUGUGCCAGCUGGUGGGCUUCUUAGACACUUUUCUAACCACUAACUCAAUGCUGAGUAUGGCGGCACUCAGUAUAGACCGCUGGGUGGCUGUGGUGUUCCCGUUAAGUUAUCAUUCCAGGAUCCGGCACCGGGACGCUGUUAUAGCGCUGGGAUACACGUGGAUCCACUCCCUGUGUUUCUCUGCUGUGGCCAGCUGGCGCUCGUGGCUUGGGUACCAUCACCUUUACGCAUCAUGCACUAUGUGUAACUCCCGAGGCAAAGCGUCAGGAGCGCAGUAUGUGGUCUUCACGGUCCUCCUCCACGCACUCAGCUACCUGCUCACCCUGGUGGUGCUGUGCGUAACCUACAUGAAGGUGCUCAAAGUGGCCCGCUUCCACUGUAAGCGCAUUGAUGUGAUCACCAUGCAGACACUGGUACUGCUUGUGGACAUCCACCCGAGCGUCAGACAGCAGUGUUUGGAUGAGCAGAAACGCAGGAGGCAGAGGGCCAGCAAGAAGAUCAGUACCUUCAUCGGCACGUUUGUGGUCUGCUUCACUCCAUAUGUGGUUACAAGGAUUGUGGAACUGUUCUGCCCAUGGCCCCUCAACCCUCACUGGGGUGUGCUGUCCAAAUGCUUGGCCUACAGCAAAGCAGCCACUGAUCCGUUUGUCUACUCACUGCUGCGCCUUCAGUACAGGAAGACAUGCAACGCUCUGCUCAACCGGCUGCUGAAGAGGAGUCCGCUGAACGCGUCUCACAACACCAGCCGGAGCUACAACACCGUCACCUGUGUCCAAACCGACAAGCCCACCGACCAAUGA